GGCCCCGGCAGCUACAUGGCUUGUGAUCCUUGACCUCCGGUUUCGUAUCUGAGGACCUCUUCCAGAGUUUCAAUCUGUCUUCACUGUAUUCCAAUAGCAGACUGGACUUUCAUGGUCAUCAUUGUGCAUCCUUUAUUCGGAUCAUCAAGCAUCAUCGGUAAAUUGAGUGUCUCUACAUCCUUAGGCGGUCUUAUCCCUGGGCUGUGACGCAGCAUCUCGGCGACCGCCACACCGCGCAGAACCCAUCGCACCACCGCGAUGCCUUCCAAAGCUCUUAUCCCCUUUUUGGUGGGCAUGAUGCUGCUCACGGGAGUGUGCAAUACGCUCCUGACGAAGUUUCAGGACAACCACUGCGUCCGCAACUGUGAUGACCCCGACCCUAAGAAGCGCCACAACUUCGAGCAACCGGUGCUGCAGACGCUGCAAAUGUUUAUCGGCGAGACGGGGUGCUGGCUCGUGGUCGGCGCCAUGUCUCUGUACCGAAAAUACGCCAACAGGCGAAGCCCCGCUGAGAACGGAUACAGCCCCCUCAACACCCAAGACCCGGUCGACGACGAUUCGGACCACACGCUGACCAACAAUGGAGCCCCCAAACCCCUAUCGCAUGAGCAGCAAGACGCCGGCGUGCUCAAGGGUGCGCGCAUCUUGCUACUUGCUCUCCCGGCCAUCUGCGACAUCUGCGGCACUACGCUCAUGAACGCUGGUCUCUUGAUGGUGGCAGCUAGUAUCUACCAGAUGACUCGCGGUGCGCUGGUCCUGUUCGUCGGCCUAUUCAGUGUUGUGUUUCUCCGCAGGAGACUGCACGCUUUCCAGUGGACCUCGCUCGUCGGUGUCGUUUUUGGGGUUGCCAUCGUCGGGCUUGCGGGUGCCAUCAGCCCCGAUACCAAAUCCAAAGCCACGUCUCUCACCGACCUGGCCAAGCGCAUUGCCGAGGAGCCGGUGGUGUCGGACGCCGUGCGAGCCGUCGUUGGCGUCCUCCUGAUUGCCGGUGCCCAGAUCUUCACCGCGACGCAGUUCGUGCUCGAGGAGUGGAUUCUGGAACGCUCGUCUAUCGAGCCUCUAACCGUCGUCGGCUGGGAGGGCCUGUUUGGGCUUGUGGUCACGCUGAUCGGCAUGCUGCUUCUGCACUUCACCAUCGGCCGGACUGAGAGCGGUCGGUUCGGCAUCUUUGAUAUGGAGGAGGGUUUGCGACAGAUGUUCGAGUACAAGACUGUGCUGGUGUCAAGUUUCCUCAUCAUGAUCAGCAUCGGCGGGUUCAACUUUUUUGGUCUCUCCGUCACCCGCAGUGUCAGUGCAACGUCGCGAAGCACCAUUGACACGUGUCGUACCCUCUUCAUCUGGAUCGUCUCCCUCGGGCUUGGCUGGGAGUCGUUCAAGUGGCUGCAAGUCGUCGGUUUCGUUCUGCUGGUCUACUUCACGUUCCUGUUCAACGGCAUUGUCCAGCCGCCUUUCAAGUUCCUCCGCGUUGAGGACGAAGAGGUCGAGGAGUUGCUCCCCGAGGAGCCCAUUGAACACAACUAGAGGAUAAAUGACAAUGGUGUUCAUUUUGUACUGAUCUUUCUUAUUAUAUGGGUGGCUAUGCUUGGUUUCGUUGCCUCUGCAUGAGGGAGGAUGGCUGUGGGUGCAUUGGCUUGGGUUGGCGUUGGGUUUUGGCUGCUUUGACUCUAUUACCAGACUUCUUGCGUCCGAUAGAGGUUCAUACACUCUAUACCAUAUACAGUGCCCGUGUGCGCUGCAGUAGCAACUGGUAGACAUACAUUUAGGUAGACAGAGUUGACCUAUCAAUCGUAUCAGUCCAUCAUUGUCGC